ACGUAAAUCAGAAAAACGCUUCCUCCUUUCCUUUUUGUUCGCUGUUUAUAAGCACAUCCUCCAUUUUGUUGUUGAACCAAAAAGGUUAAUUGUAUGUUUUAUGUAAUUAUUAAACGUUAAUGUUAUAAGAAAAUGAGUGAUUAUUCUGCGGUUGCUCCGCCACCACAAAAUUUUAAUCAAUCUACAGCAUUUGCAGCGGCUGUCCAACGUGCUAAACAGAUUGCGGCUAAAAUUAAUCCAGGAACCACCGGCAACGAUAGUAGGCCGAAAAGACCUUUGGAAGAAGCUGCAGAUGAGUUUGAUGUAGAACCGGAUGCGAAAAAAGGACCAGCUUCUUUGGUAUCUUCACAAAACCAAGCCCCCCCUAAUAUGGGAAGACCUCCACAGAACCAAGGAAUGGGUGGAGGCGGCGGAGGCCCCCCUGGCAUGCAGCAAGUAAGCGAAGACAUUAAAGUUCCAGAUAAAAUGGUUGGCUUAAUAAUAGGCCGUGGAGGUGAACAGAUAACAAGACUGCAAUCUGAGACUGGUUGUAAGAUACAAAUGGCGCCCGAUUCUCAGGGUAUGUCAGACCGAAUAUGUUCAUUGUCCGGUCCCAAAGAUGCCGUAGAAAGAGCCAAACAACUCAUCUCUGAUAUUAUUCGGCAGAGGGGUGGACCUCCCGGUGUUAGCGACGAUGAAAUGCCAUAUCAAAACAACCAUUCCGAUUUUCAAGGAGUCACCAGUAUCGGUGGUCCAGGAGGCCCUGGCGGCGGCGGCCCCGGCCAAGGCGGCCGCAACUCCAUCGAAAUCAUGAUUCCCGGACCAAAAGUAGGACUUAUCAUCGGCAAGGGAGGCGAGACUAUCAAACAGCUGCAAGAAAAAAGUGGCGCAAAGAUGGUCGUAAUUCAAGAUGGUCCUAAUCAAGAACACGAGAAGCCCCUAGUAAUCAGUGGCGAACCUCAAAAGGUAGAACAUGCCAAACAGCUAGUAUAUGACUUAAUAGCUGAAAAGGAGAUGAAAAGUUUCAACAGAGGCGGCCCCAGAGGACGUCAAAACCAGGGACCAAACGAUGGAGGUUACAAUGAUUAUGGCGGUGGAGGCGGUGGCGAACAGAUGGAAGUCUUAGUACCACGUCCGGCUGUUGGGGUUGUAAUAGGAAAAGGUGGAGACAUGAUAAAGAAAAUCCAGGCUGAAACAGGUGCAAAAGUACAGUUCCAACAGGCUCGCGAUGAAGGCCCCGGCGACAGAAGGUGUUACUUAUCAGGAAAUCCUAAACAAGUUGAAAUGGCCCGUCAGAGGAUAGACGAACUCAUAGACAGUGUGCUACAGCGUGACGGCGACGGUGGUAUGGGUGCUCCUAUGGGUGGCGGUAUGCGCGGAGGCCGUGGCGGCGGUCGCGGUGGACGAGGUGGCCAUCACGGUGGACGUGGUGGUGGCCAAGGCGGUUUCGAUAGGGGCGAUCGAAACGGCGGUGGUGGGGACUUCGGUGGUGGUAAUCAGUGGGAAGAUAGAAGAGGCGGUGGGCCAGGCGGACUUCAAGGUGGCGGUCAACAGGACGUUGUUUCGUUUACAGUGCCGGCUAAUAAAUGUGGAGUUAUUAUUGGUAGAGGCGGUGAAACAAUAAAACAAAUCAAUCAACAAUCUGGUGCAUAUUGUGAGUUAGAUAGGCGAGCUCAAAAUCAGAAUCCUACCGCGAACGAAAAAGUAUUUAAUAUCAAAGGCGAUCCUGAUUCGAUUGAAACGGCAAAACGAAUCAUCCAAGAAAAAGUACAAAUGCCUUUAACUUUCGUAUCACAAAGCGGCGGCGGUGGCGGCGGACCACCGAUGAACACCAGCAUGCCAACCGCAUACCCAGGCAUGGCACCACAGAAUUACAAUCCUCAGAAUAGUUGGGGAAUGCAAGGCGGUGGUGGUGGAGGAGUUGGAGGUGCUGGUGGUUAUCAACAGCAGCAACAGUGGGGAGGUCAACCACAAGGUGCUGAUUCACAAUCAGGUCAACCCAACAAAGUACAAGUAAACCCAUCGACCGGCCAACCAGAUUAUUCCAUGCAGUGGGCAGAGUAUUAUAGAUCUUUAGGUAUGCACAGAGAAGCAGAAAUGAUCGAACAACAGGCGAAGGCUAAAGCUACCGGAGGUUCGAUGCAAACGGCUCCUGCUCCAGCCCAACCAGCUGCGCCCACCCAAAAUGCUACUCCCUCAUCUCAGGCUGAUUAUAGUGCCCAAUGGGCCGAAUAUUACAGAAGUAUGGGUAAACAUAAGGAAGCUGAAGCCAUUGAAGCACAGAUGAAAAAUAAAGGGCCAAUGCCAGGAGCGGCAGGUGGAGCAGCGACUGGACAAGCACCAGCUGCACCAGGAACUCAACCUGGUGGAUACUCCCAAGCCCAAGCACCUUAUGGUGGUUACCAACCUCAAGCUGCAGCUGGUGGCUAUUACGGCGGUCAACCUCAAACAGCUCCAGUCCCUGGAGGAGUACCCCAAGGCGGCUAUGGUUUCCCAUCUUACGGUUAUGGAGGCCAACAGCAACAACCGCCACAAUCUCAGGAAUAAUCAAGAAAAUUUUAGAAUAUGGCCGCAAUUGUCUGCUAAGAACUUCCAGAGAAAACAUUUCUUAGACCUUAAGAAUAUUUUAAAGAACAUUACAUCAGGUAUAUUUUAUAAUCGCAGUGUUUGUUUCCCAGAACUAGAAGUUUCACACUCACGCUAUACCAGAUAUUCAGUAAUUAUUAGAUAUUUAAAUAUUUCAUUAUAGAUUUAAGUAUUUUUUUUUCUGUUCAUACAUUUACACAUGCAGUUGACAUCAAUUGGAAAUUUUGUUCCAAUAAAACGUAUGACUACAAUAUUUUUAUUUGCUUUUUAUUGGUCCCAUUGUAUUUUGAAAAUAUAAUUGCUAAUGCUUAUUGUCGUAUUAAAUACUACCAUGAAUGUGUUUUACUUUUUAUUUUUGACUGUGUUAAAUAUUUUUUCUUGUAAAGGUAUUUUUAUAUAGAACGUAAGUUUAAGAUUUACUAAGUGUUAUUGUAUGAGGUUAUUCGGUAGGUAAAAUGGACAAUGGAGCUUGGAUCUGCAAAUAGGUAAGGAAUGUAAGGUUUAGUCGCUGCAUCACUUGGCUAAAAGUGACAUUGAUUAUAUCCAUUAAUUUUAUAAAGAUUGAAAUUGUGAGUAUACCAAUAAUUACAUUGCUUCUAUUAGUAUAUAUUUCUUCCGUUCUUUAUCCCUGUUAAUGUUUAAUACUACUUCAGUGACAAAGAUUGAAUAAUUAUUGAUACAAUUUGAUGCUUCCAUAAACAAAAAUAUUGUGUGUUUCAAUAAACGUAUGUUUUUCUCCGCCAACAACAGUUUCACGCAUUUAAUAAAGUAUUUUUUAACAAAUAUGGAGUUUAAACGAAGAUCUAGAUCAGUGGUUCCCAACAUUUUUCCCCUGAUCGCCGCCUUAGACAGGUUUCACCAGUUAUGAAUACUAAAAUCGCCCCCCCCCUCCCCAUUAAAACAAAUAAUGAAUUGAUACAAAAGGUAAGUAUCCAUAUUUAUUUAUUUUUUACAUUUCGUGAAAUGACAAAUGGUUAUACUUGUGUAAAAGAAUUGUUAAUGGCUUUCUUGGGCCUUCCUCACAUAUUUCUUUGUCUGGUUGUUGGUUAAUGUUGGUUAAUAAAAACCUCAAAUCCUCAAACCCUCUUUCUAUUAUGUCGAGCCCAUUUCUUUGUCUGUUUUUCAAUAUACACACAGAACUAAAACCUUUCUCCACUAGAUAUGUUGUGGGGAAUGAUAAUAAUAAUAAUAAUAAUUUGAUUGCAUUCCACAAUAUUAGAUACACUUCUUUUAUCCGCGGCCAAAAUCUUUCAUUCCCACACUCCCGAAACAAACCUUCAAUUUCAACAUCAUGUUUCAAAUUAAUAAAGUUUUCUUGAAGAAAAGGAGGUACCGUUGAAACUUUCAAGCUGAAAGGAUUGAUAAACCAAGUUGGCACUUUCAGACUAGUCAAAUCUUGAAAUCGGGACUGCAGAUCUUUUUUCAGUGUUUGAAGGUGGAGGCAGUUUUUUAGGUGCUGACAUUCUGAGAGCAAAACAAAAGAGUAAGCCAUUACGGCUUAUUGAGAAGUCAAAGAAUAAAAACACUAUCUCGCAAUUCUCAAUAAUUAUAUUGCCACGCAUCAACGUCACUGUCCGAAUUCUAACAUUGUGACGCCACGUGUUCGAUAAGUUAAGUGGUUAUGUCCGAAUUGAAAGACAGACUUAACAGUUUCACAAAUAAAUCACAGUAUCUUUAUUAAAAUAACAACUCACUGAACAUAAUGACUGUCAGUUGUAACAAAACAACUUUAUAUAUCACAAUACAAAAAUCGGGAAAGAAAGACUCUGCAUUUGAAGCGACGACAACCUCGGCCGUUCGCUUUUUGGUUGAGUCAGAUCGGUAGGAUCGGUACCUACAUCGCACAAUACGAAAGCUCGAUCAAAGGAAAAUGCGGAAUUCGUUAUAAUGUAUAAUUAUAACGAUAAUGUAUAUAAUUAAAUUGUAUUAUGAUUCAUUGUUCUCUGUGACUAGACUAGAUGUUUAUAUUAUUAUUACCUGCAUUGUGUAUUGUAUUUUUUUUCCUCUUUUCUUAUUUUUCUCAACUACCCAUUUCUCGUUUUCCGGGUGCUAAACGCCCCCCAUAUGGCCCCCUUCGCUCUAUCGCCCCCCUGGAUAUCUCAAAUCUCUCCCCCCGGUAACAAUGUAUCUAGUUGAAAAUGAGACUCAUCUUUAAUGAGUCAGAACAUGCAGCCACAUCUGCUAGUGCUUAUCGAGAAGACACUGCCAAAGCUAUUCCUAGAGAGCAUUAUUUAGCAGCACAAGUUAGGCAAAUAUGGAAACAGGCUUUAUUUAAUGAUCACACAAUAUUUUUGUCCCUUUUACUUUUCGGGACAUGUCACAAUGAGAAUAUUUCAGGUAAUACUUACAAAGACUAAACACAUCUAUGUUGCCUUCAAAUGGACAAUCAGUGUUACUUUUAGUUUGAAGUUUUUAGAAGACAAGCAGGUAUUGUCCAGUAUAAGUUAAGUUUUAGUUUCUAAUGUGUACUAUUAAAUCGGAUUAAAUAUUUCAUUGUAUAUUCAUUAAACAUGACCUAUAUGAUUGGU